AAGAAAAUUCAAAAUCGGAGGAAAAAUCGGAAGGAAGAUGGCGGGAUCCCUAACUGCAUCAGUCCACCGAGGAAACGCGGAGGCUUCGGGAAAUCUCCGAUGGUUAAUCAGCUUCGCUCGGUUUAUUCCGUUUCCAUCCUCUCCAUCUCCGUAUCCAGGACUCGUUCCUCUCGGAAAGAGAGAGCUGAGCUCGUCGCCCAUAGGCACGUGGCUGUCCACGUCUUUCUCGAAGGUGUAUCUCACUCUGGUGGACGCAGUUAACAGAUCCGAUGCGAUUCUCUCCGUCGAACUCGCCGGAAAAGUCCUCGAAGAACACUACAUUUCAAAGCUGAAUUUCUCGUGGCCUCACAUGACGUGCGUUUCUGGAUUCCCACCUCGUGGUAGCCGAGCGAUUCUCGUUAGCUACAUGGAUUCUGAAAACGAGAUUCAAAAGUUCGCUUUAAGGUUCUCCACAUGUGAUGCAGCGGUGACCUUUGUUGCAGCUCUUAAGGAGAAACUCAAGGGCUUAGAGGAAGCUGGGAUCCAGGAACGUGAGCCUGAUACUAGUUUCCAGUCAGAUUACAACACUGGAAAUGAGAUUAUCAUCCCCAGAGCCACUGAAGAAGAGCCAAAUCUGUUUAGACCUCCUAAUAGUUAUGUUCCUGAAAUGUUACCAAGGCUCGAGUAUCAACAAUCCGCCACUGCGGAAGAGCCAAACAUGGUUAAACAUCUUGGUAGCUAUGUUCCUGAAAUGCAACCAAGGCUCGAGUAUCAAACUGGUCAGACCUUCUAUACACCACAAAUCGCCGCUGUGGAGGAGCCAACCAUGGUUAAACAUAUUGGUAGCUAUGUCCCUGAAAUACAACCAAGGCUUGAGUAUCAAACUGGGCAGACCUUAUACCGACCACAAUCCACCCUUAGUCAAAUCCCUAACGAUUCUUUCAGUAACCUCCCUCCGAGUUUCACCACCUUACUCUCUGGCUGCUUCCCAAACUCCACUCUUGAUGCAGGCCAAACAACUAUAAAGCAGGAUCCUGAGCUAAAGUCACAGAUACUGAAGUACAUGGAAGAUUCUUCAUUUCACGACAUGCUGCAGAAAGUAGAGAGAGUUAUGGAAGAAAUAGGAGGUAGCUGGAUUCCCUGAGUUUCAUCUCACAUAUAUAUUCACAAUCUCAAUCUUGUUUUCCAAAUCCAGUAUAUUUUGUUUGAUGCAACGUAUAUGGUUCAGACAUUGUUGAUACUCUUUGUACUUGUGAACGCGAACACUGUACUAGUGUACUUUAACAUUUCUGAAUAUCAAAUGCCCACCCUUAUAAGCUAUA